AUUUUCAGUCGAUUAUCCUUCGUUGCAAAGUAAAAAUGUUAUGGUUUGUUUACCGAUGUUUCUACAACUGUCCAGAGAUGUUGAAGCACCGCUCGAGCAUUGCGAGCGUGACUGGCCAACGGAAGACCCAGACACUGCUGUGGGGAGUGACAGGAGAGCAGGAGUGGAGUCCGGCUCUCAUGACAGGACAUCGGCCCAGCGUCCCCGGACAGCCAGUUACACCUGGUGCCAGGAAGACUCUACUGUGGGGCGCCACCGGUGAGCAGGAGUGGACCCCAGAACUCCUCACAGCCUCCAAAGUUAUCAUAGGUGUUGACUGGAAGUCUCUGGUUAUCCCUGCAUGUUUGCCAAUCACUACUGAUUAUUUCCCCGAUGAGGUCUGCCUCAAGACCGACUACGUGUUCUCUGACUACAAUUUGUUGCCUGACGACGUGAAUGCUGAUUAUGCUCAGCAGCGCGCUAUCUACCGCAAGCCACUCUCCACACCUGAGGUGUUUCGUGAACUGGUGUCCCAGCGUUUGGCGCAGGGAUUCCAGAUAAUAGAUGAUGGACUAGGGGUGGGUGGACUAGGAGUGGGUGGAGUAGGAGUUGGACAAGUGGGAAGUGCUGUGGUGGGUCCACGCCCCGCUGACAUUCAGCCGUCCACAGAGUACAGGCUGAGCAUUGGUCGAGUCUUCCAUCGCAUCACACUGUGUGGCUCGGAAAUUAGAGUCACACGAUAUCGUCCAAGACACCCAUACCCACCUUUCAGCGUGCCUUAUCGCUACCGCUUUCAAGCACCUGACCAUGAGACAUUUGAGACGUCCUGGGUAACAUUCAAUACUGAGAAGCUAGAAACCUACAAUUGGAAUUAUCUGGACCACUACAUCUGCACUAGAGGAGAUUCAGACUUUGCACUUGUCGAUUCUCUGAAGUACUGGAGAUUCCGAGUGUACAUUCUCCCAGUAAGUACGGUCAGCACUCGCAAGAUUUUGGAAGGAUCUGAGUACUGCGACCUUUACUCCCCCCUUACACAAGAGGAACAAGAACUUAUCAGCGACAACUAUUUGCGCUUCAUAGAAACCUGGAUCAACAAGAUCCGUAGACCCUCUCAAAAAAAGCCUCGGCUCGAGCUGGCCAGCCUCAACCAAGCCUCACAGCUCACUCGCAGACGACACAGCACCGGAUAUUUAUCAUUUAGCUCCCAGGCGAACGUAGCGAGCAGCUCUCCAUUCCGAGAACGACUCGGUAGCAACCGCCUGCCGGAAAAACCGAGACCGAGGUCCGGCUCCAAGGUGAUGGAUAGAGGAAGGGCAUCUCCUGCCACCGACUCCACAUCCCUUACUUCCAGCACAGCCGACUCGGAACAUUCUGAUUCUGUGGAAGACACAUUGUCCGUACCUGGAGAGACUUUGCUACUGAAGGAGACGGCUACUCCUCAGGAGAUAGUGGAGGCCAUGAGACAUCCAGUGUAUGGUCUCAGUUUCCUGAGCCCCCAUGCCAGUCUGCCUGGUCACGUGUUUGUCAGCUCAGACGCUGUCUCGUGGGCCAGAACACAUGUUGAACACAUCACCAGCUACGAGGCUGCUGUGAAACUGAUGGAGGAUUUGCGUCAACAGAAUUUGAUAAGUCAUGCUUCAGGAGAUGCAAACCGACCCUUUAUUGUUGGAUUCCAUCUUUACCACAUUGUCAACUACGACCCUAACAAAGAUGAACCAAAACCACUGAAAGAUUUGCAGAGUUUUGAGAGUGAGUGGUUGGAAGUAGAGAUGAAACCUCCGACAGCUCCUCCCACAGUACCUCUGUUCCUGAGUGAUUCCCUGCCUACACAAUGCCAAAGCUCAGCAGGCCCACACUACCGACACACCCACCUGGAGAUAGACGCACAGACCAAGAGUGACCGUGUGGAAUGGGCCCACUGUCGCUACCAGUCUAUCUACAGACCAGACCACGCAUACGAACUUGUGGUGCAGUGGAUGGCUGCUUCUGGAACCAUCGUCAACGAGCUGAUCAGUGGGUGGGCUCGGAAGGCUCAGUCGAACGGAUUACUGAUGAUCCCCAUUCCUCCGGACCCGUUCGCUCUCCCGUGUUCUAUCAAAUCAGAGGUGGUCCGUGGAGAUCCUCUACGGGGACCGAUCUUUGUGCCUCUGGACACGGAGAGCCUUAUGGGGACCAAAAGCUAUUUGUUCGAAGAGUUCCCUGAAGAGUCUUGGGGCCAGCGGCUGAUACUGUUCCAGGAAGCUAUUGCUGUCAAGUUCGGCUUCAUCGCAUGCUCUGUAGAGAGUAGCAGCCAAGACCAUCACCAUCAGUAUAUCCAUCUUACUGGUAAUGUGUUCCUGAUGAUACCUGCUAUGCCCUGUGAUACCACACGGUCUAGCCUCAACGCCAGCUCAGCCCCGCGCAGCGUAAACCGCUACCCCACCUACAGUGACGUGAAGGCUAGCCCCCACCACGAAUACAUCACACGCUACAAUACUGACGAGACCAAAGUGGGUUUUCUGUGGUCAUGGAACCACAUGAUCAGUCGUCGCUGGAAGUGGACCUCUGCCCCAGCCAAGAGUGACGAAGCUUUCCAGAACAAACUUCUCAGCGACUUCCGCAACUUCUGCUCCAACUCCGACAACAGACUGAAGAACUUUUGGGACGCGUGCUGGGCAGUUCCUCGCUCCUAAUCUUGCUAUCAAGAGUUCCUCAGCUAACCAAUCUUCACUGUGAGAAAUGCUUAGUUGAGGCCUGAAUAAUAUACUGAUCUUAUUAGCAAAUUGUUAUUGACAAUAGACAAAAACAACAAUGGAAACUAAUCAGCUAACAUUGCUAAUUGUUUGGUAGUUUCAGAACAUGAAUAUUAUUCAGUAUGGACUAGAUCUUAUUAUACUUAAUUUUUUGUCUUUUAAUUUCUUUUUAUGGUUUGGGUAGUUGUAAGAGUUUGCUUAGGUUAAUGUUUUCUAGAAAUGUUUUAAUGUUGUGGACAUUAUUAUCAAUUUCUCUUAUUAUCUUUCUUUUAGAUUUAAUAUUGUUUAGAAAUAUUUUAGGGUGUUUUAUGGUGUUUCUGAAUAUGUUUUAGGGUGUUUUAUGGUGUUUCUGAAAAUGUUUUAGGGUAUUUUAUGUGUUUCUAGAAAUGUUUAGGGUAUUAUUUUGCUGUUUCUACUUAUUAUAAUGGUGCAUUAUAUCCAGGGUUAAAAAAAGUGUUUAAAGCUGAAAUUUAAUUCAAUAUCAAAACAUAAAUAGUAUGAAGUAUUUUUCUUGUUGUAACCGGAUGACAUAAAACUCUUGACUGCGCUCACAAUUUUAAAAUAGAGUAGCCUACAUUGCUUUUAUUGAUCGUUGAUUUGUAAUGCCAUUAUUAAUUUGUAUGAACACUCAAUUAGACCAUUCUACAUGGUCCAGUACUGACUGAUUUUUAUAAUUAUAAUAUGAUUUCUUCCUAUUUUAUUACUAAAUAGGUUAUGCAAAGACUGUUAGGAUAAUUGCAACUUGACAAAUACAUAUUGCAUAUUUUUACUAUUAUUAUAUGUAGCCAUUUUGUCUAUGUAUUGUUAGCAUGUAUUGGAGUUUUAAAACAUUUGUCAAGAUUUAAGAUUAGAUUAAGAUUAAACAUUUAUUUACAACA